CGGCUGCGGCGACGGCGGCGGCUCGGCCAUGGGGCGCCCGGUACUGUUCGCUGCCGCGCUGCUGCAGCUGCUGCUGGCCGGGACCGGGACCGGGACCGCCGUCACCCGCCUGCGGGUCACCGCCAACUUCGAGUGCCGGGCCACCGCUGACAGCACGCUGAGCCGUCCACGCUGCCGCCGGCCGGCCCGGCCCGGGCCACCGCUGGAGCCGCCCGCUCUGUGGCUGGGCCAGACCCGCCUGUGCCUGCCCGGGCAGCGGUGCCAGCCCUGCCUGCGGGUGCGCCUGGCGCUCCCCGCCGCAGAGCUCAGAGGUAUCCGUGGGCUGCAGCUCAGCUUCCUGGAGCUGGGCUCCAACCGGGCCGGCUGGCUGCAGGUGUGGCAGAGGCAGCACCGGGAGCCGAGCAGCUCAACAUGGCAGGUGCAGUUCGACUGCUUCCCGGCGGAGAACGGGCGGCAGGUCCUCGUCUCUCUCCGCACCAUCCCUGACCGUGGGUUGGUCCUCAGCCGCAGCCACUUGGUCGCCACUGAGCAGCCUGGGCCCGUUUUCACCCACACCUGGAUUCCCGGGGUGCGAGCCAUUGAGGUGCAGGUGCCCGAGGGUCCUGCCCUGAUGGUGCGGCUGUGUUACCAGCUGGCCCUGGAGUGUGAGGAGCUGCCCCGGCCCUUCCACCGGCAGGUGCUGGUGCCAGGGGGUCACCACGUCUCACUGCCGUAUGAAUUCCUGGUGCCUUGCUUGUGCAUUGAGGCCUCCUACCCCCAUCACGACAGCCUGCGCAGUAAGCACUGCCCCUUCCAAGACCAACCAGCUGCCUAUGGCCCUGAGCUGUGGUCCUCAGUGCGCUUCCACGACUACAGUACUAGCAGCAAGGACCAGAUGGCCAUGGUGCUGAGUGCCAGCUGCCCCCUGCACCCUCGGGCCACCCUGUGCUGGAGGGAGAUGGCUGCCAAGACUGCAUCCUGCCAUGAUGUCCCCAACUCCACAGCCAGUGAGGAGGACCAGGCAUACACACUGGACAAGGUGGAUGUGCACCCACAGCUCUGCUUCCGAUUCUCCUACAGGAACAGCAGUCAUGUGGAGUGUCCCCACCGGCCAGAAACUGCCUGGAACGUCUCGGUGAGCGUCCGGGGCCUGCAGCUGCACCUGCACCUCACCUCCAGUGUCCCUGCAGCCUUCAGUGCAGCCCUGUGCCAGCGCCGGGGUGGGCAGUGUGAGCCUGAGGCCCCUCUCUACACUGUUACACGGCCAGAGGGCUCUGCCCCGGGGGAGCUGGCACUGUUGCUGCCAGUGGAGGUCCUGGGCAGCUGUGUGCUGGUGUGGCGCUCAGAUGUGCGCUUUGCUCGGAAGCAGCUGCUCUGUCCUGACGUCUCCCGCAGGCACUUUGGGCUGCUGGGGUUGGCCCUGGCACUGGGGCUGGUGGUGACCGUCCUGCUCCUCAAUUGCCGCAGCACCUGUAGGCCAGCUGAUGGUGCCCCUGGUGGCCGCCCCGUGCUGCUGCUGUACUCGCCGGACUCGGAGGAGCACCUGGGGCUGGUGUGUGCCCUGGCCGAGCGGCUGCGGGCCGGGCUGGGCUGCGACGUGCGCCUGGACCUGUGGGAAGCGGGUGGCGUGGGGCGAGCGGGCGCUCUGCCCUGGCUCUACGCCCAGAGAGGACGCGUGGGCCGCCAGCGCGGCACCGUCCUCCUCCUCUGGAGCCGAGGCAGCACCCGGCUUUUCCGCCGGUGGCGGGUCGGGACGACCGACGGAACCCCCGGGGACGCCCACGACGUCUUCGGGGCAGCCAUGGCCUGCCUGCACGGGGAGCUGGGGGCGGCGGGCCGCGGCGGCGGCUGGGUGCUGGCUUAUUUCAGCCGGCUCUGCAGCCCUCGCGAUGUGCCCCGGCCCCUCCGGCCCCUCCCCACCUACCGUCUGCCCCGGCAGCUGCCCGGGCUCCUCGGUGCCCUGCGGGGCAGCCCCCCGGCACCUCGCCGCUACUGCCGGGGCACGGCGGGGAGGCUCCUGCACCGGCUGCUGCAGGCGGGAACCGGGGAGGACAGCCCCCCGCCCCAGCCCCUGGGAGCAGCCGCUGGAACCUGAGUGUCCCCACUGGGUCUGAGCUGGGCAUUGCUGAGGGGCCGACGGGGCUGGGCGUAGCUCCCCGGUGAGGGCAGGGCCCCGUCACGGAGGUGCAGAGCUCGUGAGGUGACCGUGGGUGCCUCGGACAGGAGCUGCGGGGGCUUGAGAAAGGAUGGCCCCGGCCGUGGGAUGUGCUGUCCCGGGAGCAGAGGUGCUGUCCCGGGCAGGGGCAGCUUUACUUCCACACAGGAGCAUCCUCCAAAGGAGAGACGGGAUCCCUUGGGACGCCCCUUGGGACGCUGGGCGAGGGGCCGGGGCGUCGCUGGAAGCAGCCGCGUGGUGGGGGGGUUCCCUGCCUUGUCCAAGCGGAGCGGGCUGGGGGCAGGUGCUGGGCACAGCCUGGUCCAGCUCCUCGCUUCCAAACCGCCUCGGGACCUUGUCUCGGGUGGAAGCAAUAAAGGCACCGUUUCACUCG